AUGCUAUCCCAACGGCAACAACCACAGCAGCAGCAGCAGGGCCUCCAUCGCCCUAGCCCCAGAGUCCUCUCCACAAAACGCCUACAUUCCCACCACCCAGAUAGCUUCUCCUCCAGAUACCGAGCCGGCAAGGCCAAACCGCGAUCUCGCGAACAAUCAGUCGUCGCAUCACGACGUCUCCAUCGCAGCAGACACCCUCCCGACACACCCCCAGAUGGAAGCAACUCCUCCCUCUCCCACGGCGUAAUAACCCUCACCAUCGGCCCAACCAAACGCCUGUUCGCCGCACACAAGGACAUCCUCUGCGUCUCGCCCUACUUCGCAGCCCUCUGCAAUCCUCCCAACAAUGACACCUCCUCUUCUUCCUCCCCGUCGUCUUCCCCUUCCUCCUCACCCAGCCCUACCAAAUCCAUGAAAACAAUCGACCUCCCCGACGAACAACCCGAAAUCUUCUCCUGCGUCCUCGAAUACCUCUACCGCGGCGACUACUACCCCCGUCUCCGCCACGACAAAUCCACCAACACAUGGGACUUGGAAACAACAACCUCCUCCUCCUCAUCCUCUACUCCUAAUACCAGAAGUAAGACUACCAAAGACACCACCGACCCCAGCGCCAUCAUCUUCCACCCAGCCGUAGGAGCAGAAAUCCUCCGCGACACCGCAGUAUACUGCGCAGCCGAGAAAUACUCCCUCGAGCAUCUCAAACGCCUCUCGUUGAAAAAGCAAGGCCUCCACUCCAACAUCCCCUGCCAUAUUAUCCUGAGUAGUGCGCGAUACGCGUACAUGCACACGCCGGAUACGGAGAGUAAGCUGCGGGCGCAUUAUCUGGCGCUGAUCAUUCGCAGUCGGGGAACGUUUAAGCGGAGUGGGACGAUGCAGAUGGAGAUGGAACGUGGGGGGAAGUUGUUUUUUGAUUUGUUUGUGGCGAUGUGUAAUCAUAUGGAUGAUCUUGAGGAGGCGGCGAGGGGGGAAGGGACGUGUUAG